UUGUAUAGUAGUUGACCCUAUUUCAACAUUUACUUACACAAAAAUUUUAAAUAUUUAAUUAAGCAUUCGGAUAAUGUAGGCAUAAUUCAUUCUGAUAAGGUAAUAGACGUUGUGACUACUUAUCUUAGAAAGGAAUAUGUCUCAACAUUUUUUUUUAUCAUGGCACAAUAUAAACGUUAAGAUUUUGGAGAAAAAGCGCAGUUUCUGCAAAACAACACUUAAAGAAAAAAUAAUUUUAGAUGACGUAUCAGGAAGUGUUGAAAGUGGUUCUUUAAAUGUUAUCUUGGGGAACAGUGGAUGUGGCAAAACUACACUUUUAACUUCUAUUUCGGGUCGCCGUAAAAGAAACAGUGGUACCUUAAAAAUCAAUAACUCGGUAAUUUCAGAUGAAACUGCAAGGAAUAUAUCAGGAUAUUUGUAUCAAGAAGAUAUUUUUACUAACAGCUUAACAGUUUUUGAGCAUUUACAGUUUAUAACUGGCUUACAAUGCAGUGAUAAAAAUGAGAAGACGCGUAAUUUUAUUAUCAAACGACAGCUGUCUGAGCUUAGUUUGGAACGGCAUGCUGACACUUUGAUAAAAAAGUUGUCAGGUGGUGAGAAACGAAGAUUAUCACUGGCAGGAGAAUUAAUCAGUAAUCCUUCUAUCUUAUUUUGCGAUGAACCUACAACAGGACUUGACAGCUAUAAUGCAUUUGUGGUCUUAGAAAAAUUAAAGACAAUUGCACUUUUAGGGAAAAUAGUCUUAGCAUCUGUUCACCAACCGUCUUCACAGUUGUUUCACUAUUUCGAUAACAUUACGCUUAUGGCCGAAGGAAAAAUUAUUUUUCAAGGAAGUAAAAACGAAUCUAAAAUGUUUUUUGAAAGAAUGAAUCUACAUUGUCCAUAUGCAUUUAAUCCAGCCGAAUUUUAUAUUAACUGUCUCACUCAUGGAGAUGUUUCUAAAAUGGAUCUUAUGUAUAAAAAGGAAAGAAAUGAGAAACCACAAGAUCACGUACAUUGGCCUAACUUUGAUAAUUUAUUUCUAAAAAAGCAAACCGCAAAUUGUUUUUUUUACGACCUGAAAUGGUUGUUAUGGAGAUGUUACUUAAAUACCAAGAGAAACAAAAUCGUAAUUUUGGGAACUUACUUUUAUUCAAUGAUACAAAUGUUUAUUAUUUCAAUGUUUUAUUCGGAAGUAACAUUUAGUAGUCAAGAUGCAAUCCAAAACAUCCAGGGUUUAUUAUCCUACUGUGGGACAGAAUUUACUUUUACUAAUAUGUACGCAGUAAUUUACAUUUUUCCUGAAGAAGUUGCUAUAUUUUUACGUGAAAAAAACUUAUAUUCAACUUUUGCGUACUUUGUCGCAAAACUACUGUCUUUGAUUCCACUUUCUAUGAUAACUACAAUAAUUUGCUUAGGAGUGUUAUUUCUAUUUUCAAACUUUUUACAUGGAUUUGGUUUAUGGCUUAAAAUGACAUAUGUAGCAUUUUUAGUUUCUAUAGUUUCAUCUAGUUUAGGUCUAGCAUUUUCAGCAACGUUUUCAACCAUUGAACAUGUAGACCUAUUUUUGGGUCCCUUCGAAUUUAUACUUCUCCUUUUUUCCGGGUUAAUAGUUAAAGUUGAUUCUCUGAUAGAUGCUUUUAACUGGAUCAAAUAUAUUUCACCUUUUUAUUACGCUUUUGAUAGUUUGUCAAAUUUGUUUUGGAGAGACGUCGGUAAAAUAGGCGGCACAUUGCGGUUAGGCCGACCGACCUGCGUUUUGGAAUCAGAAUUCGGAUUUACCCUCAACUGUGCUUUUAAGAAAUCUGGCCUGUUUCGAGUUAGAAAUCUUGGUGGUGUCAAGGCUCACAUAGGCCUGGGUUUUAGUGUUGGAGAUGAGCUAGGCUUUAAAGAAUCUCUUUCUAAUGUUGAGAACAAUAGAAGACGAUCGGCCCAAGCUUCUCGUUUGCAAGCUGAGUUGAUUCAAGCCCAACAAAAAAUGAAAGCUGAGAAUCAGAUCCGAGUUCGUUCACCUUCUGCAUCUCUUCCAACUGAUCUUUCGAAUCUGCAAAUGCAAGAUCUUCAAGUGAAAAAAUCAUCUCUUCCUACAAUCCCGCCUUUCAAGCCAAUACCUCCCGCCCCAGAACGACCGGAAGCCACCAAGUUCAAUAUCCCUACACCGGCCGUCAUGGGUAUUGCCGUGCCUGCUCACAACCCCAAGCCUUCGUCAAUAUCUCGACUAUCAACAGGACCUACCCUUCCUUCCGAAUCUACUAAACCUAAAGUGAUGGCUGUAGUAGUCCCUAUGAACAAAGUGCAAACAAGUGAUAAAUUAAGUAGUACAAAUUUUGCAUUAAGGACUCUACCUUCGCCAAACAAUGAGUUGUCUCCAUCUACCUCAAGCACCGUCCAAGCACUUCUAGCAGCAAACAACAUCACAGAAGACAUGCUGCAAACAGCGUUGCUCCAAAGACAGCAAAUGUUAGCGAAGACAAAACCUACAACGACUACUCCGAAAAUGAGUGUUGGCAAUAAGUACGCCAAUAGUGUAGGAAAAGUUAUGAAUGCACCCAAAGAAUAUUAUCCGGUGGGAUAUGAUAAGAACUUUGACGAUAAUUUUGCUUCAAGAGUAGAAUUGCCGGAAACAUCCUUUUAUUGUGGGGACCAGAAACACUUCCCGGGUUUAUACGCCGACGAGGAUCUCGGCUGCAUGGUAUUUCACGUUUGCGCUUUAACCGACGAUGGUUUAAUUAUGAAGAGCUUCCUUUGCCCGGAAUCCACAUUGUUCGACCAAACAAUACUGAAAUGCAAUUGGUGGUUUUAUGUCGAUUGCAAAAAUUCGAAGAAACUCUACGAUUCCAAUAUACCCAUAUCGAAGAGUUAUCAAUUAAUGAAAGCAUUAACAUUUUUCUCUGGAUAUAAAAAAGAUAGCGCAACGACACCUAAAUCAAAAGAUAAAGACUGACAUUUUUAAAAUUUAUUUGUAGAAUAAUCAAUUUUUGUUAAGUGUUAGCAAGGAGGUACUGUCUACUAAAACUAAAGUAAAGCAAAUAAUUUGUUUCCUAAUAGAACAUUUAUUAAUGUUACAGUGUAACAGGUUUCCCCACUUUCACAUUAAUGAAAGCAUUUGAUUUAAAGCAGAUCAAGCGAAUCAUCAUAUUUAUCCAUUGGUUAGAAAACUAAUAGUUUGUGUGUUUAACAGAAAAACUUUCAUUGCCUUGAAAAUUGUAUAAUAAAUAACACGUGAUAAUGCUAGAGAUUGAUUUUAAGUAUUAAUAGACUGUGAGUUGCCUUCUCCUUGUUUAACCUAAGCUCAAUGUAAAAAUCUAAGUCUUAUUUAUUGUUACAUAGUGGUUAUUAGAUACUUACUUAGCUAAUUAAGAUGUUUAUCAGAUUUAAGAUUAAUUAGCAUUUUUAUAGGUUGAUUUAUCUGAAAUCAUUAUAUACUCGUCUGAUUGUUUUAUUUGCGAAAAUGGCACAUCUAAUAUGUGUUGUGUCCAAGUGGCUGUUUACUCGUCUAGUGAGAUAAAAUUUUCUAUUUUCUUAGCAGGUUUUUUUUUUACAGAAGGAGUGCGUUUAUGCAAGCUGCACACUGAGCACAUCUUAGUAAAUAAGAAACUUUUAUUGUUUAUUGUUUUUGAAAUAUAUUUUUUUUCAAUCCAAAUUAAAACAGAAUGUAAACCACAGAACGAACAAAUUUAGUUUCACACAUCUAGUCAAACAUUUUUCAUGUUUUAGUCUUCUCCUUUCUCUCUCUUCCUCUUUAUUAGAUCAAAUUUCAAUAAAGAAAAUCUUAAUUUUACAAGUCAAGUAAAAUUUAAAAAUUUAUAAAGCUUAGUGAGUUACUAAAUAGAAUUUAUCUGACUAGACUUUUAAAUAGUCACUGCCAUUGUGUAUUCACUACAAAAGCAAACUGGGGGUGCAUGACAAUUUUCUAUUUAGAUUUAUUAUUACAAUAUAAAAUGGUUAGGUUCCUCCAAGAAUGUUUUUAUCGUAUUGUUAUUACCAAAUAUUUAUAUUUUAAAUUCUCAUGUUUGGGGAGUUUCAGUGAAUGUUUGUUAAUACUUUUUGUAUAACGACAUUUUUUAUUGUUGGUAAAUAAAUUAUUUAUUACAUUUCUUAAA